CAAUUGACGAAGAAGUGGUAAAUGUCAGAUACUAGUUUAGAGACGUCAACCGGCACCUCAGCUUCUUCAUUCGUUUAGUUUUCAGUUUCACUUUCAAAAUUCAAACUAGGCAAGAAUGGUGAGUUGGCGAUAGCACUGUGUAUGGAUUUGUUCGUUAUUGUCUUUUUUCCAUGAAUUUUUUAUAAUUAGUAAAAAAAAAAAAACAGCGAAAACUGUGCGGUUUCAAGGAAUAUGAAUUAAGGGCUUCUUGAUAGUGAAAUUGUUAUCAUUGAAAAUGGAUAUAAAAUGUGUCACUGGUGUAGCUCCGGUCAACAUUGCUUUGAUCAAAUAUUGGGGCAAAAGAGAUGAAGAGUUGAUUUUACCGUUGAACGAUUCUCUGAGUGUGACUUUGAGUACAGAAUACAUGCAUUCCAAAACCUCUAUAGCUAUAAGUCCAAAUUUCACCGAAGACGAAAUAUGGAUCAACGGACGUAAGGAGACAAUGGAUAGUUUCAGACUACGUAAUUGUAUCGCUGCGAUUAAAAAUUUAGCAAAAGAAAAAAUACCGAGCGAAGAAUUGAAUUGGAAAAUACGUAUUUGCACAGAGAAUAAUUUUCCCACCGCAGCUGGCUUGGCCUCUUCGGCAUCAGGAUUUGCAUGUUUGGUAUUCGUUCUGUCAAAGCUGUAUGGAGUUGAUGCCGAGUUAUCGAGGAUUGCUCGUUUAGGAUCUGGUAGCGCUUGUCGUAGUCUCUAUGGAGGAUUUGUACAGUGGCACGCUGGUUCAUUAGAUGAUGGUUCUGAUUCUCUAGCAAAACAAGUGUUUCCAGUACAACAUUGGCCAAAUUUACACUGCCUCAUUUUAGUCGUUAACGCUGCCAAAAAGAAAACUAGCAGUACUAUCGGGAUGAGAAGAGCUGUCGUUACAAGUCGACUAUUACCUCACAGACUCGACUAUGUCCCUCAAAAUAUCGAAAAACUGACUCAGGCCAUCAAAAGCAAAGAUUUCGACUCGUUUGCGGAGAUAACAAUACGCGAUAGCAAUCAGUUUCAUGCCAUUUGUUUAGAUACUUAUCCACCGGAAACCUAUAUGAAUGAUGUAUCUCACUGCAUCGCUUCAUUCGUGCAUCAAUACAACGCUGCUUUUGGACAUGCUAAAGUAACGUACACGUUCGAUGCUGGUCCUAAUGCUUGUUUAUUCUUAUUGGAAGAAAACGUGCCUUUGGUUUUGAAAACCAUUUUGAAAAUAUUUCCCAAUAAUACGACCGAAGAGGGGUAUCUUCGAGGAAUUCCUGUCGACGUGAAUAAAAUUGACGUGAAAAAUAUUCCGGAAAUAAAUUUGGAUAUUCCUGCGAACGCCCUCAAAUUUCUUAUUCACACCAAAAUUGGAGACGGGCCUGUGAUUUUGAAUGAUCCGGGAGAAAGUUUAAUAUCGUCUAAUGGAGAACUUCUCAAUAUCAUCUCCGAGCAAUAACUUGAAUUAUUCAAACGAAGACUGUUUUCAUUUUAAUUAGAUAUGUUACGAAUUUUAAAGCGAGCUAGUUAUUAUUUUUGGUACAUGGUGAUUUUUAUAUUGAAUCAAUUUUCACUGCAAAUAAAUUACUUAUUUCACUUA